AUGACAGAUAAUAAGCAGUCCAAAUACCGGCAGGAGAUUCAGCAAAUGAUGUAUGUCUCUGGUGAGACAGGCGAACCUACCGUCGAAGUAACAGCCAUGAUUGAGGAAAUUGUGCGCCAACAAGUCAUCGAGAUGCUGCGCAACUGUACGGAGCUCGCCGCCCGCCGCAGCGCACGUUCAAUCGCCAUAAACGACCUGAUUUUUCAGAUCCGCGACGAUGUGCUCAAGGUCUCGCGCCUGCGCACCUUUCUAAGUUGGAAAGAUGUGCGCAAGAAUGUGCGAGACUCUGACGACAAGGGAGGCGAUGUUGAGCUAGGCGAGGCUGCCAAAAAGAACAAGAAGGCCACGGUCAAGCUGCCCUGGGAGCCGAGCAGUUUCUACACUCAAGAGGUGCCAGAACGCGAAGAGGAAGAGGAUGAGGAGCAAGACGAGCUCAACUCCAUCAGCCUGCAGCGGCUACGUAAGGCAGACGAGCGGACAAAAGCCAUGACUCGGGAGGAAUAUGUCACAUGGUCUGAGUACCGGCAAGCAUCAUUCACCUAUCGGAAGGCCAAACGAUUUCGGGAGUGGGCUGAAUUAGGCAUCGUAACGGACAGCAAACCUUCGGACGACAUAUUGGAUAUCCUAGGUUUUCUGACAUUCGAGAUGGUGCAAACCCUCACCGAAGAAGCGCUAAAGAUCAAAGUGCAGGAGGACCUGUGGAAAGAGCGGCCUGGUGGGGAGAGCAACGCCAAGAAGAGGAAGCUAGCUCCUGGUGGUUUGUUUAGCCAGCCUAGUGAGGGCAAGACGCCUGUGGGGACCAGGCACGUUCAAGAGGCGUUCCGUCGGCUGCAGACAAGGACAACGAAGAGCCGCGCUAUGCUCAAUGGAACGAGAAUGCAGCAGAGAACUCGUCUGAACCUCUUUUAGAUCUUGGGUUGGCCUGUGCCUUUUGGCAUUGGCCGGUUGAGUCGUACAUGCACACGGAACUUGGUUUUACCAUUCAAUUACCCAGGCACUGUGGACUACGUCGACGAAGCCUAGGCGACCAUUAAUCAUAUGUCAACCUGGGAAUGGUAAACGGGUUCUUGAAGGGCUGUAAACGGUGGAAGUCGUCCCAUGUGGCUUGAUUAAGCAUUCGAAGCAGGGGGUUGACUCAAGCAAACUAGUGCUAGAGAUCAGCGUCCAAUUAGUGUCAUCUCUUCUGUGGCUGUCACGCGAGGAGUAAUACAUUUCCAGCAGGCUCUCGUUAUUAUUAAAAUUAAUGAAAGUUUCCUUUUAUUAGGAAAUAUUAUUUAGCAGGAGUUGUUUCAUACUUUUGUAAUCAUCAGUAGAAGUACACAC